AUGGGAACAGGGGCGGAUAUUAUCAAAAAACUCACCCCGGCACCGACGCCAACGUUCAACGCAUGGAAUACGAUUCGAACAGGCAAUCGAAUCAAAACUGACAGAAAUGAUUCAGAGGCUAAUGAGGAGGUGUCGAGUAAAGAGAAUAUGAAUAGAUAUAAGGGCACGUUAGAGGCCGCAAAUCGAGUACAUAUUGGAAAAGAACAUAAGCCAGGAGCUAUGAAGACUAACAUGAACACAACCGACACAGACCGCCGUGAGCUUGUGUGUGUAGGAGAAAACACAACAGUUGUAAGACCUAGGUUUAAGAACAAGACUUGGUCUAGAAAAGAUGCUACCUCAACGAUCAAAAAUCGCAGUCGUCGAAGGACAGGGUCGCUGGCAGUACACUCACCCACAGCUUAUCCAAAUGUAACAAUGACUAACGAUCUUUUUGGAGGAGGGAAUUUUUACCAGGCGCCUGGAGUAUCCUAUGGAGGAUACCCGUUUGGAAACCCUGUUGAUCUUAUACCACCAACAUACCCAUCGAUGUGCGUCAAUAAUAGCAUACCCAUGCCCAUGCCAACACAUAUGCCAGGUCCCAUUCCGAUGAUGGGACAUAAACCGGAUGGAUAUCCAUUACCGCAGGGAAAAGUCUCUGAAUCCUUUGCUACGUUACCACCAUCCGCAAUACAUCCUUAUUUUCAUCAGUUAUCGCCUUCUCCCCCACUUGAUAUGUACCAAAUGCCGUACAAUCCAUACUAUCAUCCAGUCCAUGCACGAGUAGACCCCAUACCCAGUCCCUAUCGCAUAUAUGAAAUCAAAAACCAAAUUCUAUAUUAUUUUUCACCGGAAAAUAUGAAUACGGACAAUUAUCUUAAGUCCUUGAUUGAUCAUACAACUGGGGGUGUACUUUUGACGGAACUUAUAAAAUUUAAGCGGUUGAAUAUGAUGACCAAUAAUGGUCGUGAUAUAAUAAUAUUACAAGAUAUUAUCAAAUAUGAGUGUUUCCCGGAACUUGAACUCAUUCAAAUGGAACAGGGCGUGGGCGUUAAGAGUAAAUAUUGGAGAAAUGCGAUUAUGUAG